UAUAAGAAUUUUUACAUAAAAAAACUAAAAAAAAAAUCAGGCCAUAUCCAACUAAAAUAAUUUCACGCAUGUUAGAACCGAUAUAUUUCUUCACAACUGAGAAAGGUAUUAAUACAAUGUAAUAGAUAUGACGGUGAAUGACUGAUUUCAGUUAAAGGAUCCUUGCUGCAUUGAAGUUGUUCUGAAAUUUUUUUUAUUAUGUUUGAUUGUUCUCUGUGAAGAGUAACAUAAAUUUUAUGUCGAAGUGUUGAACUAUGAAGGCACCAUUGAUGGCUACAAAGGCCUUUUUUGUGAUGACGAUCAUUGAAAUUAUGAGUAGGAUCAUAUGAUGAUGUCAAAAUUUAUUGGACUUAGUGCUAAUGAUAUACAUCAAUCUUACAAGCAAUAGCAUGUAUCAACUGAGCCUUAUAAAUGAUGGUGUUUAUCAAUGAUGUGCAUCAAUCUUAUAGGCGAAUACGUCGAUGAACAUUAUUGUCGAUGAAUUGGGAGAUCAACGAUGUAGUUGGCUGAUGACAAUGGUUGAGAGAUUAUAGACAGAUAAAAAUGAUUGAGAUGUUAUAAUCAAGUGACGAAGUACAUAGUAUAAUAACAAUUGUUGGAUGAUAAUGUUUGAGAGAUUAUAAUCGAAUGAUAGACAAUUUAAAAGAUAGCCGAAAGUUAAUGCUUUCACAAUACUUAAUAUUUAAUUUUGUCUAAAAAAUAAUGAUAUAAAUGUUAGAAUUGUAGUCACUCUUGUUUCUAUUAUAAAUUAAUUUAAAAUUGAAUAAUUCAAAUAAUCUUUUACAUUCGAAUUUAAAAAUAAAACAUGUUAAAUGUUUGAAUAAUAGAUUGAUAAUUCAUAUUUUCCAAAUAUUAUAAAAUUUAGCCGAAAAUCAUAUUCUGCGCGAUGGCGCCAACUAUAAAUAUGGCAUAGGCCUAUCCCGAAAUCGAUCUUCUCUCCUCCCAUUCCAAAAGAUCCUCCUGCCGAGUCUGCUCUCCCCCUAACAAGGAGGUAAGCUUUCCUCAGCUCUUCCGCCAUGGCGGAGCUUCAUUUCUACCUCAAUUCUGUUGUUGUUCUUAUCUCCUUCGCGCAACUAUGAUAGAUUACGUUUCAUUAAACGAAUUAUCCGGCAUUCCUGAUUGUUGAUCCCUCCCGAUUCUCAAAGAAACCCACGAUCACUGAUCUACGACCCUUGAUUCAUCAAAUUCGUUAUCUAAUUCUUUAAAAACCCUUGUCCCAUAAUAAUUUGAAGGCGGUGAAUCGUCCUUGCCGUUACCAGCCAUGGCCUUCUCCGCAAACUCCGGCGACCAGUUUGAGUCGCAGAAGCAAUUCAUGAUCCUGGAACUACAGCGUCUGAUCGAAAGCUAUAACGAUGCCUUCUGGCAGCUCCAUCACACAAUCCUCCAUGUUGAUUCUCUCAGAAAGGAGCACCUCUUGCUCUCCGCCGAAAAUCUCAAACUCUUAUCCCUAAUCCAGGAGAAGGAGAGCUCCUCUGCUUCCCCCAUCACGGAAAUCCUUCCCGCCUCUUCCACCAUCGUGACCGGAUUCGACGGGAAGCUCCAGCCUGCGAAUCUGGAGUCGGAUACAGUGGAAUGCAUUCCAGAUCCCACGCGCAACAUUCUGCCGAAGUGCAUCUCGAUUCGCUCAGCCGGGUUUCUGGCAGGAAGACAUCUAUCGCCUCGCGGUAGAGGAAUGAGCUCCACCCGCACUAUCCAACCCCUCCGUCUGCGGCUUCCGGUUGCAUCGUCGAUACAGGAUAAUGAGGAGGUGGAAGUGGAGGCGUAUAGCCAGGGAACGACAAAGACAGAGCUGUGCAACAAAUGGGGGGAGAUGGGUAUAUGUCCAUAUGCGGAGCGUUGCCAGUUCGCUCACGGCUUAGAGGAACUUCGCCCUGUUAUUCGGCACCCGCGGUACAAAACGCAGUUUUGCCGCAUGCUCAGCAGCGGCGGUGGCUGCCCUUACGGACACCGCUGUCACUUUCGUCACGCUGCCCCGCCUGCCUACCAUGGUAGCUAAAAUCUCCGUCCAAUCGCAAGAGAAUCCCCAUCAUCCCUCCGCCUAAGAAACUCCUGGUUGCGGAUUGUUUCGGCUUAGAACACAAGUCCAAUGACUAAUUCUGUUGACUGAUUUUGUGUAGCUUGAUAUCAUUUCC